CAUAGAAAUAGAUAAGAUUGUGUUUGUAGACAUUCAAUGGUUUUCUUUAUUACAAACAUGCUAAGUUCUAGAUUCUAGACUACAAUAAAAAAAAAAAUUUAAAUCUUGAUCGAUUUAACCUAGAGACAAUGGAUUUGAGCCCUAGACCUAUAUCUAUUAAUAAUAGUAAUUUAAAACUUAAUCAAGAUCAUGAAGUUGAUGAAAACCUGACUGAUGGGGUUUCUACCAAGGUUAUUAGAUCAAACAAGAGAGCCUUUGAAAAGGUUUUAGAUGAAUCACGAGUUUCUUCACCUAAAAAGGUUCCCAGAAUAGAGAUUGAUGAUGUUUCUGACCUGAAGAAGUACAGAGAUAUUUGUGAGAAUAUAAAAAGAAAAAAAAAAGAACAUCAACAGAAAAAUGAAUUGCGACAUGCCACUUUCAAGAGUGAGCGACGCUUCCAAAGACUGUUGAAGGCAAAAGAAGAUUUGAUUGGUUGCCUAGAACAGAGAAUCUCUGAACUUGAAGAUGGCAGUAAAGAUUCUGAUGUAUCAACUCCAAUUACAAAACUGCUGGAGACUAUCAAGAAAUUAGAGGCUGAAAAUGAAGAGUUGAAAGUUAAGAUGAUUGACACUGAAUUCAAAUUAAAGAGGUAUAUGAAAGAUUGUGAGAGAUUUGAGAGUCUUUAUUCCAAUAGAACGUCACUGGGACUUACAGUAUUUGAUGGCAAUGUGGUUCCAUCUGUUCAGGGCACUACCACUGACAUAGCUAAGUUAAAGUCUAUAUUUACUUUGACUGAAACAAAAUUAAAACAAUUGCAGAAAGAGAAGGAAGAGUUACAUUUUAAAGUAUCAGAAAGUGAAAGUAACAGAAUGAUAGAAGAAAAACGUUUCAUUGAAGACAAAAAUUGUUUGAAAAAUGAGUUUUUGGAUGAACAGAUCAAGUACACAGAACAUUUAGCUCAGUGUAAGCCACUGAUAGUUGUUGAAAAGAAAGUUGUAAGUCAGGUGGAUGAAGUGACUGUGAAGACAGUUCAAGACACAUUGAAUAAUCUGACCAAUGACUAUCACUGUGUGAAGAAUUUGAUUACACAAAUCAGUAGCACCAUAAAAACAGAAACAGAGGAGACAACUAGAAAGAUUCAGAAGGCCAUCAGUGGAGUUGACACCAGGAAUAAAGAGCUAGUCCAUAGGUACACCAAUGAGGUUCAGUUGAGGAAACUGUAUCACAAUCAACUAGUGGAACUACGAGGUAACAUUAGGGUGUACUGUCGUGUCCGACCUCCUAUCAAAGAGGAUGAAGAGGUUGAUAGUGUUGUCUCCUUCGACACUUACGAUGAUGGCAUCAUAAAUAUCACCUCAAAAAGCAAAACCCAGCAGUUUCAUUUUGACAAGGUGUUCCCAAUGGAUGCUAGCCAAUCACAGGUUUUUGAUGAGGUUAGGUCCCUGGUCAGGUCAGCUAUUGAUGGUUUCCAUGUCUGCAUUUUUGCUUAUGGUCAAACAGGAUCAGGCAAGACCUACACAAUGGAGGGCACUGUUAGCGAUCCUGGAGUGAAUCAAAGAGCUUUAAGUUAUUUGUUUGAAGAGGCUCAGAACACAGUCUGGCAAUAUGAGAUAGAAGCAAGCAUGCUGGAAAUAUACAAUGAAACAAUAAGAGACCUGCUAGAUGCUGACUGUGAAGAUAAAAAUAAACUUGAAAUCAAAAUGAAGCCUGAAGGUGGACUCUACGUGCCAGGUCUGAUAGCAACAUCUGUCAAAUCUUUAGAUGAAGUCAAUGAGAUUUUUGAAACUGGAAGGAGAAACCGUGCCACAGCUAAAACCAUGAUGAAUGAAAGGUCUUCCAGGUCUCAUUGUCUCCUGCUGCUGUCUAUUGUUGGUGUUAACACCAUCACAGGAAAUAAAACAUUUGGGCGACUCAACUUGGUCGAUUUAGCCGGCAGCGAGAGAACCAGUAAAACUCAAGUGGAAGGAACCAGAUUGCAGGAGGCCAAACACAUAAACAAGUCAUUGUCUUGCCUUGGAGAUGUCAUCAAUGCCUUGAAAAAUAAACACAGUCAUGUCCCUUACCGCAAUUCCAAGUUAACCUACUUCCUUCAGGAGUCAUUAGAUGGAGAUAGCAAGACAUUAAUGAUACUCCAGAUAUCACCAGUGGAAAAAAACGUCUCAGAAAGUAUUUUCACUUUGAAUUUUGGCCAGCGAGGAAUGUCCGCUGAACUUGGUGCAGCUACAAAAAAAAUGGAAGAUGGAAAGGAGCACUUUGUGUACGAAAGUGAAGGAUCGUCUGUACAUGGACCAGGAGCACAUUUUAGAGAGGGAAAAAUUAAGAGUGCCAUUCGUUGUAAUGAAGGGCCUCAGGUUAAAAAAUUGCUUAGAUGGGAGGUCAAGGGUACGCCGUCCAGCGCUAGGCGACCUAAUUGUGAAACACCAAAAUCUCCUGGCACCAGCCUGACACCAUCCAACAGAACACCCAACUUUCCGAAAACUGUGUCCGUGCCCUCCAAGCUAAGUGUCAGAUACAAGUGAUGGGGUCAUACGUUUGUUUUAGACAUUGUUGUGACUGCCACAAAGUCAAUUGAACAAAAACAUAUUAGUGCCAUGUACUUAAUGUUAAUAUCACAGGAUAACAUUGUGGGUGAUCUUUCUUAAAAGCAGCAAUGUCAAACAUAGGACUAAUCCUUGGCACAGGUUGGCACAUUGCAGAGAUAAUUACAGCUCAUCUUUUUAUUGUGUUUGCCAAGAUUGUAUAUUCUCAUUUAUGGUACAUGUGUCUAAAUAUAGAAUAUAUAUAUAUGCUUGCUUGCCCAAGCUUACCCCGCAUGUUAGGAUAAUAACCUGCAAAAAAUAUAUAAAAAUCCAUUUUAAAUAAUGAAAAUGAUGGACAUUUGCGGUUCUACCAGAAUUUUAAUUAAAUACAUUCAUCAAAGCAUAUUGUCAUGAAAAUAUUUCUUAGAUUUAAACUGCUUCUUUUUUUAUAGCCAUCUCUUCCUGACUAUAUAUUGAGAUGUACAUACAGUGUAUAUAUAUAUUUGGAUGGAUGUCUAGUUAAGCAUUUUCUUCAUCAUUGGAAUGUUUGGGAUGUUUUUUUGUUUUUUUUUGUACGCAAUACAUAGGAGCUAUGGUUGCAUAGUAAUGAAUUCAGGUCAAGACUGGGAUUUUGAAGAUCUGGAUUUUUAGUGAUGUCCCUGUGUCCACCCAACUCCAAUUGGGGAAAGAAAAGAUGGUAAAUUGUUGUGCUCGUAAACAUUACAUGCUCGACCAUAGAAACUGAUGAGAAUUACAUCAUCUGUCCCAUGGACUGCAAGAUCUUAAAUGGAAACUUGACAUGUACACACUAGUUAUAAUUAUCUAUAUUCUACAAGCAUUUAGGCAGGGCCUAAAUAAUAAUGAUUUGAGACCUUAUGUUUUGUCUAAGUAUAAUAUCACUGUCUCAAGAUAACUUUAAAGACUGUUGCUUUGUGAUGAGUACAAUGUUAUGUAAAUUCUACUUGUGUGCUUAUGUUACGUUAAGUCUGCUUCUAGUCUGCUAAAUGCUUGUCACAAAUUGAAAGUCAACAUGAAUACUGUAUAUAAUUUAGUAAUAGAUGCUUGUCCCCUCUGUAGAAAUGUGGAUUGUUCUUUUGACUGUUACUCAAAUGUACCACCAAACAUUUUUGGCUUUGUGGACUAAUACAUCUCUAUAUCUGUAAUGAAUGCAAUUGAUAAGCAUUGCUGAAAAGUUGAUUAUGAUUUUUAUUACAUAAAACUGGCUUUAGUCAACUUAAAUUUUUUAAAAUAAGUAUUUAUUGUUAUUGCAUUUUUUAUUUUAUUUUUUUUUAAGUUGGAUGUCAAAAGUUGUGUCUUAUUUUUUUUUUAUAUUUAAAAAAAAAAACAGAAUAAAAUACAUGAUUAAACCCAUUGCUUUUAUUUUCUUACAAUGUUGUGGGAGCACUGUUUUAAUGUCAUUUCAUCAUAAUUGUAG